AUGAAUAACGAUUUCAUUUGGCUACCUUCGCUGUAUUCGGAUCCUGACGUAUUCACCUAUUUGGAGCCAUUCGUGCUCCGCAAUUCUCUCAGCUCGCGUUUCCUGCAUUCGCUGGCCAACAAUCCAGGAAACUUCGCGAUCGAAGAGGCCUUCGGACACGUGUCGCGCUUUGCCGGCGCGUUUAUGGUGUGGCUCUCACGCGCCUCCAGUUCCAAUGUGGCGCGGUCCCUGCGUGGUUUUCCUCCUCUUCGGUUUGGUACUGCGCAGGUUAAAGCCGUGUCGACCAAUGCGCGUCUGUUCGGGUUUCCGUUUCGAUCGGAGAGGAAGUCGUUUGUGUCUGUGAAGUUAGGGAAGAUUUCGAGUUUGGCGAUGAAGAUGAUUUGGAGAGAAGCGAAGAGGCUGCGGUCCUUCCCUGUUCUAUCGCUUGCUGCUGCGUUGGUUCCACCGUUUCAAAACUUAUCAUCAAAUGUACUAGGUAGCCCAGUGCAGAAUCCUGAUAUGCAAAUCUAUGGAGCCAUUGACCAAGUUCCCAAGGAGGUUGAAUGCCAAGGAUGUCCGUUCCUAUCGUAUCUUGAGUUGAACCAGGCAAAACCUGCAGUGGAACCUAAAACUGGCAUUGAAUUUCCUUUGGUUCUAGACAAUAUAUUCGCUGGAGAGAAGGAUUUCGGCUUCAAUUCUGAGUGGGUGGUGGAUAUGACAGCUGAGGCAUCUAAUGGAAAUACCUGGCUACCUAACAGCAUCACAUUAGAUACUAAACAAUCCAAAAAAAAGGGUCAUGAAUCAGAUUUGAGAACGAUUGAAAUUGAUUUGAUGGAAGAGGCUGAGGAUAUCCAUCCGUACUCCCUCUGUGAGAAAUUGGGACCAAAAUAUGCAUCAAUUUCUGCUGGUGAACUGAAUAACCAUCAGGACUUCUACAAGGAUCUUCUCAGGGAGGAUAUCCACAUGACAGUCAGACUUGUUGUAAAUUGCAGGGGGGCUUUCUUUGACAUGUACAUUGGCGAUGUCCCUCACCAAUUAGAUUCUAUUGACUUAGCAGCAUUUCUGUAUGAGAUUGCUUCUGCGCUUUAA